AUUAAUUCCUGGUGAUUAUCAGUUGAUCAACAUUAAUUAUUAAUAAUUUUCUUCAUUUAAUUAGGGAGAAGAUGAAAACAAAUCAAGUUAUGGUUUUCUCUUUGUGUCUUCACCUCUCCUAUUACUUGUUGUUCACUUGAUUGAGACAAAAAGAGAGGGAAAGAAAGAGAGAUGAGAAUGGUAAUCAAUUUGAGUGAUUUUAUCUCUCUAACAAAAGAAUAUUUUUGUUGUUCCAACUCAAUUUAUUCAUUCUACUCAAGGUUAUCCCUAUUUCUCUCUUUCUCUCUCUCUCUCUCACAAUUGGUGAUUAAUUUAUUUUCUAUUAUUAUUAAUUCACUAAUAGUCACAUUCUUCCUCGUUCUUUAACCAACCAACUCAAGCGAAUUAACUCUCAUUACACCAUCAUCAUCAUCUCCAUUUACACUCUUCUGUUUUUCUUUUCUCUUUUUUUUCUCUCUUCUUCUUUUCUGUUAAGAAGAGAACAUGUUUUUAUUCUAUUCUCUUUCUGGUAAACCCAAUGAAUGUGCAACAGAAAAAAAAGGUAUUUCAUCAUUUGGUGAGAAGAAAAGACAAAAAUCGAUAAUCAACCUAAAAAUCUAUGGAAACUCAUCCGCAUGCUUGGUAUUCUUGUUGGUUUUCAUGUUCCGGCCCUUCCCUUUUUCCUUUUACCAGGUCAAGUUUAAUUCCCUAUGUGAAUAUUUUAUUGCUGUAAAUGUUUUUCCAAUCGAGUCCAAGGUCAAUUAAUCGGGAGCCUAGUAAUUAAUUUUCUGAUGGUUGUUAAGGGUAAACGUUUCCCUAUUUAAUUUCCAUCGCCAUCAUCAUCAUCAUCAUCAUCAUCUCUGUGUAAACAAUUUAUCAUCAUCAUCAUCAUCAUCAAAAGUGACACACAAACUGAUCAAACAAAACAACAAACAAAAAUGCUACAAUCAGAUGACAACCUAGUGCCUUUAAUUUGAUGCUCUAAUUUUCUUGUUCUUUUUCUUUCAAUAUUAUCAUUUAAUUGUGAAUUGAUUACUUAAUACCAACCCCCACAUUGAAUUGAAUUGAAUUAAUGAUCAACAUAUUGUCUCUCUCAUUGUUGGAUAAUAAAUUAUGAUCUUGUUGAUGAUGACACAUCAAGUGGCGAUUGCGAGAAGGUGAUAAUAAUAAGGUAAACAAUUUGGUGCGUUUAUAAUGAUACAAUGAUGAUGAUUGUCAAAAUUAACAAUAAUAAUAAUAAUAAUAAUAGUGAUAGUGAUCAAGUUAAUUGUUACAAUGGUAUUUUUGAUUUAAUUGUGCAACGUCAGCCAAAAGUAUUGAUGGAAAAGACUUGAAAAAGAAAAGUAAAUAAUACCAAAUGAAAAACAAUGUGAAUCUAUGGUUAGUGAAUUUAUAUAUUUUUCUUAUGGAAACAAAUUACUAUUGAACAAAUUUUCCUUAAAUCAUCAUCAAAAUUGAUCACAAAUCUAAAAUGAGUUGUGGUUAUCUUUUACUUGCCAAUGGUAAAUGGAGAUCACCCAAGUUCCGUUAUACUCGUAAAUCUACCAGGAAACAAGAAGGAUCAACAACAACAUCAUCACCAGUUUCUGUUACUUCAUCUUCAUCAAUUGAUGGAUCAACUCGUAAAUUACCUCGAUUAAAGGAGAUCAUCUCAGAGGAAGAUAAUGCCGACGAUGAGGCUUGUUUACAAUCCUCUCCUGGCCCCAGGCUAUGUCAUCAUUUACUCUCAUCAUCUGAUCGUCAAACCCUAUCAUCAUCAUCAGCUUCUUUAAACGGAAAUCAUCGUCAUCAUCAUAACAAUCUUACCUCGAAUACUGAUUUAAAUCCUCCUCCACCUUACCUUUCAUCUUCCUCAUCACCCGCUCCUUUAGAUAAAUACAAUGGAGUCUAUUUUGGCCUUUUAUUGGCCGGUGUGGGGUUUCUACUUCCUUAUAACUCUUUCGUCAUUGCUGUUGACUAUUUUCAAGAUCAUUUUCCGGGAACAUCGAUCAUGUUUGACAUCUCAUUUGUUUACAUUCUUUCUGCUUGUUUAGCUGUUUUCAUUAACAAUCUUCUGGUUGAAAUUGUUCCCCUUUUUUGGCGAAUCAAUUUUGGUUAUUUUCUAUCCUUUGGAACCCUAACAGCAAUCGCUAUAUUUGAGAUCGCUUAUUGUCCCUUCACUCAGGCCACUUCAUAUUCAGUUAUACUUUACGCGGUUGGAAUCAUUGCUUUCGGUUGUACCAUUCAACAGUCAUCAUUUUAUGGAUACACUUCAAUGUUACCCACUCGUUACACUCAAGCAGUAAUGACCGGAGAAUCAGCGGCCGGUCUAAUUGUAUCUGUUAAUCGUAUAAUAACCAAAUUAAUUUUCUCCGAUGAGCGUAUUAAUACUCUUAUAUUUUUUGGUCUCUCAAUUGGACUAAUUGGUUGUUGUAUUGUUAUACAUAAUUACCUACAGAAAACUUCAUUUGUUAGAUAUUAUAUUGAAAUUUGCUCUAAACCACGUUCAUCUCUUAGAGAGACACAUAAACCAUCGUCCACCCUCACAACAGAACAAGAUGCUCGAGUAAAAGAUACACUUGAAGGAGAUGCUCGAGGUCUUACCGAAGGAUUAUCUUUGGUAGAUUAUUUAGAAACGGAUCAAAGGAGUACAUCACUUUUAGGAACUUCUUUGGUUCCAUUAGGAUCACCGAUUAUGUCUACUGAUGAUUAUAAGAAACGCCGAUGGGUUGCACAUUCAGAUUCAACUGAAUUUGAUAUGCCCUUUGGAAUAGAUGAAGAGGAUUUAGCAAAUUAUGUUCCUCCAGUUUUACCCGAACCUUCAUGGAAACGUGAAGCUCAAACAUUAAAUGUUUCUACCAAUACCAAUUCCGCUUCAACCUCAAAGAAAAGUGUUCUUUCAACAUUUAAUGACAAAAGAAAAUGGAAAACUGGAUUGAAUGAGCUAAGUGAUCCAAUCAGCUGGAAUUCCGAUGGUGAUUUAAUCGAAGAGAUUGUCGAUGAAGACGCUAAGCUAGAAAUUGCCCCACCGACACCAUCGUCCGUCACCUACAAAGAGUCUUCAUCCUCUGGACUGAUUUCUAAUCUUAAUCCUCGUUCUUGGUUAACCAGCUACAGAUGGAAAAUCUGGAAAAAACGAUUAAUGAGCGGAAUUCAAGUGCGAUUAAGAACAAGCCGAUUAAUUUGGCCUUACAUGGUCUCUAUUUGCAUGGCAUAUAUGGUUACUCUUUCUCUUUUCCCUGGAAUUGAAGCUGAAAUAGUUAACUGUUCCCUUGCAAGUUGGAUGCCAGUUAUUCUGAUGGCAACUUUUAAUCUAACCGAUUUUAUCGGUAAAAUUGUGGCAUCAUUUGCAUAUAAUCUCAAACCAAUUCAUCUAAUUUUAAUUUCCUCCAUUCGAUUCAUCUUAAUCCCUUGUUUUGCUCUAUGUGUUUCUCCUCGUUUAUCACCCGUCUUCCGGUCAAUCUUUUGGCCAUUAUUUUUCUCAUCUAUCCUUGGAUUCACUAAUGGAAUUGUUGGUUCUUUACCCAUGAUUUUGGCUCCUUCACGAGUAAAUUACAAACUUAAAGAGUUGACAGGAAAUCUAAUGACACUUUCAUAUUCAUUAGGCCUGACAAGUGGAUCAGCUGCUGCCUAUUUGAUUGAUUAUAUUCUCGGUCCACCUUUAGCUAAUCCAACAGCCGAACUGUGUAUUCCAUCAAUCAAUCAAUUAAAUGGUAGUUCAUCAAAUUAUGUUAUCAGUAAAUAGCAUGAAAAAACAGCUCACUAAAAUCAAAUAUGAAUCAAUUUACACUAUGUUUACAUUCUGGUAUUGUAAAUAUCAUAACUCCCUCUCUCACUCUCACUCUCUCUCUCUCUGUAAAUAAUCAUAAUCUAUGAACCUCUGGUCAGUCAAUGAUUUAGUGGACCAAGAGUCAUGUAUUGUAUGAUUGAACUUGAACUAAAUCUUGUCAACAAUGUAAAUGUGAUCAAUGCAAUUAUUAAUUGUACCUCAGGUACCCCACAAAUGGAAACAAUUUAAGACUGGAAACAAACCAAAUCUCACAAUUAAUUAAUUAUUCAAAUUUGUUUCAAUUAACCCAAAUCUCGUUGUCUAAUCUGGUUGUUUUUUCCUCAUUUCUUCCAAUCAUCAAUGAUGAAAAAAAAGAAGCAAAAAUUGCUUGUCAACAACUAUUCGUAUUCUUCCAAUUGUACAAAAUGAUUUUAAUUUUGAGACAAAAUCAAAUAAAUACUAUCAAAACAAUCAAAUUAAA